AGCCAUUUGGGCUGACGGUGUCUUGCGUGCUGCCCGAAUUUGGUCUGCCAACGCGCAGGCGGUGCAUUGACCAGCGCAGAUGAGGUGCGCGCAUGCAUCCCUCUUCUCGAUUGUGCUAUCAGCGCUCACGCCGUGGGCCAUGGCGGAGCAGCCUCCGACCGCUGGCCUUGACUGCGAGCCCGGGGACGUCGACUUCGAAACCGUGCAGAUCGACGGUGAGGAGGUGGUCUUCCUCAGAAGGGGCCCUGGCUGCCCUGGCGUGGAGCCCGAGUUCCCGGCGACCGCUCGUGCCGUGGCGCAGGAGACGACGGUGCCAGCCACCACCGCGGCGCCCGAGAGAUACGACACCAGCACAGACGAGGUCGUCGCCGUCAGCCACGAGGGAGACACCACCGGCGGCUCGUGGGGCGCUGGCGACGGAGAUGACACCACCACUGGCAGCGGGGAGGGCACCACCGUCGGCGGCGUGGAGGACACCAGCACCGGCGCCCCAGAGGAGGCCGCCGGCGCUGAGGAGGCGGCGCACCGGGAGCAGCCGGCUGCCGUGCCGGCGGCCUCGGGCGACGCCGAGGAGUCCGUGGCCAUCGUCGCCAGUGGACUGCACGAGGUGCCGCCGGCGGCCAGGCCGAUGGCGUCGGGCGGCGCCGAGGAGCCCGUGGCCGUGGUCGCCGGCAGGGCGGGCGCGCGCGCCGCGCGGGGCCCCAGGCGCAGCAAGACGCGGGGCGGCCUGCCGAUCCGGCUCCAGGCCUCGUGCGCCGCCCUGGCGCUGGUGCUGGCGCUGUUCAUCCUGUGGCCCGUCAUCUCCAGCAGCCUGUGCAGCCAGGAGGCGGUCGUGACGGAGACGGCCGCGGACGCCAAGCGGAGACGGACGCGGACGCGGACGGAGACGGCCUUCGCGCUGGCCGCCCUAAAGGAGGCGCAGGAGCAGCAGGCGGCGCUGGAGAGCGCCGAGGAGGGCGCCCGGCGCGCCGCCCUGGAGGAGGCCGCCCGCUGCGCCCGCGCGGCGGCGGAGCGCCGCUGCCGCGAGGAGGCGGUGCGCCUGGCGCGGCUGGAGGCGGAGCGCAUGGCCCGGGAGGCCGCGAAGAAGCUGCCGGCGCGCGAGGCGGGGCGCACGGAGCCCGAGGCGGGGAGGCGGGAGGGCGCCGCGCGGCGCUCGUGAGCCCCGAAGCGGCCCGCGGCCCCUGGGCGCGUGAGCCGCCCUUUGCCGCAAGGGCGAGGCGGGGCGCGCGCCGUGGCCGCAGCAGGACGCAUGCAGGCCGCGCGCGCGCGGCAAGCAAACGAGCGCUUCCGCCCUGGGGGAAGAGGAGGAGGAGGAGCAGGGCGAGGAGGGAGAGGCACGGCGCAGGAUAUCCCCUUGAGGCCACCGCCCUAAAAACAUGUGCCAGAAGCGCGCACGGGCGGAAUUCCCUCCCGCGGGCAUGAGGGAGCGGCGGAGAGAUGCCGCGAGAGACUGCAGACGCACAAGGCGAAAAGCAAAGAAGCC